AAGAAGAAACUGGUAAGAAUAACCGACGAAAAUGAUGGCCGCACGACUCCUGGGAACGUCGUCUAGAAUUUUUAAAUUAAAUAAGCAUCUUCACACAUCUAAAGUCGCUUUUAUGCCGGUUGUUCAAUUCAAAUUAUCGGAUAUUGGAGAAGGAAUUGCCGAAGUUCAGGUUAAGGAAUGGUACGUGAAAGAAGGAGAUACGAUUUCGCAGUUCGAUAAAGUCUGUGAAGUGCAAAGUGAUAAAGCAGCAGUAACCAUCUCCUGUAGAUACGACGGGAUUGUCAAAAAAUUAUAUCAUGAGGUUGAUGGAAUGGCUCGAGUUGGACAGGCUCUCAUUGAUGUUGAGAUAGAGGGAAACGUGGAAGAACCCGAACAACCGAAGAAGGAAGCUGCUUCAUCAUCGCCAGAAGCUCCGAAGUCGUCAGCGCCAAAAGCUCCAGAAUCUGCUCAUUCAGAAGGAAAAGUUCUUGCCACACCAGCAGUUCGUAGAAUUGCCAUUGAAAACAAGAUCAAGCUAGCUGAAGUUCGCGGAACUGGAAAAGACGGAAGAGUUCUCAAAGAAGACGUUCUCAAGUUCCUGGGACAAGUGCCGGCUGACCAUACCUCUGGAUCUACAAAUAUUCGUACUACCCAUCAAGCUCCACAACCAUCUUCGAAAUCGUAUGAACCUCUCAAAGAAGAUGUUGCUGUUCCGAUUCGUGGAUACACUCGAGCGAUGGUCAAAACGAUGACUGAAGCUCUCAAAAUUCCACACUUUGGGUACAACGAUGAGAUUAAUGUAGAUUCUCUGGUCAAAUAUCGUGCUGAACUGAAAGAAUUCGCGAAAGAGCGUCAUAUCAAAUUGAGCUACAUGCCAUUCUUCAUCAAAGCUGCUUCUUUAGCUCUUCUCGAAUACCCAUCUUUGAAUUCUACAACUGAUGAGAAAAUGGAAAAUGUUAUACAUAAGGCUUCUCACAAUAUUUGUCUCGCCAUGGACACACCAGGAGGGCUUGUUGUACCGAAUAUCAAAAACUGUGAGCAAAGAAGUAUCUUUGAAAUUGCUCAAGAGCUCAAUCGUCUUCUGGAGGCUGGAAAGAAACAGCAAAUUAAGAGAGAAGAUUUGAUUGAUGGAACUUUCUCAUUGAGCAAUAUUGGAAAUAUCGGUGGAACCUACGCCUCUCCAGUUGUCUUCCCACCACAAGUGGCUAUUGGAGCAAUUGGAAAAAUCGAAAAACUCCCACGAUUCGAUAAACAUGACAAUGUCAUCCCUGUGAACAUCAUGAAAGUUUCGUGGUGCGCAGAUCACCGAGUUGUGGACGGAGCUACAAUGGCUCGCUUCAGCAAUCGCUGGAAGUUCUACCUCGAACACCCAUCUGCAAUGCUCGCCCAACUUAAGUAAAGUAUCAUGUUUCAUCUGGUUAAUUUUAUUAGGUGCCCAAUUAUCCCUUGAUGUAGACAUUCCCCCGUUUUCAACACUCUAAACCUGUUUUUUUUCUUGAAGGUGCCUCCUGUUUUUAGAGCAUAUUUUAGAUAACGAUUGCAUUUUUCAAUCCAUUUCUUACUCGAUUAUUAGCCUGCUUUUUUUUUCUUUUUUCUUGUGCCAUUUACUUGUUUGAUGUAGGAUGCAGAUAUCAAAUAAUCAUGUUCGUGUAGAAUGAAAAGAUUCCCGUGAUAA